CAUAAUGGAUGCAAAUUGAUCGUUGUUUCCACUGGUAGAAAAUAUCGUGAGUUUCGCUAACGUGAAUGGACGUGGUCUUUAUUUACGGUUGGGCAUCGGUUGAUAAUCGUUUAAAUGGCGAUUAAACGAAAACUCGUCGCCGGGGUUGUACGCGAAUAAAUUGAACGAGGGCGCGGCCGCACGCGGACGCAUUCAUUCGCGACCAAAUUACAUGCUCGUUCGCCGAAUAAUCGAUGUUUCUAGUUGUCCAUGACAUCGUUAAAACGACACGUUUUGCUGAUGCUCCGACGGAGAAAUAAUUGGCGCGCGAGAACAGUCCACGUUCAGCCGUAUGAAUUUAUGAACAACCUAGCGGAGCGUUACAAUGGCGCGCGGUUAUUCUUACGCGCAGUCGCGAUGUAUUUUCGCAGCCAAUUAAAAUUAUAUCGCAGUAACAAGUCACAUGUAACUGUCCGGUAAAAUGAGAUCGCACCCCGGCCUCCCAGGUGACGACGAUAAUGAAGGAAAAUUUAUUGAGAUGAACGAGCGCGAACGUUCGCGGGAACACCGCGACAAUCCCGCGUACGGCGUGCUUCCAGCUUGAUAACCAGUAUCCUUUUAACAGUUAUCUAUCGCGAAGUUUCUCGAACACGACGGAGCCACGAUGAUAUCAAGCCUUAAUUCUUCUUCCUUCUUCUUCGUUCGCCUUUUCCUUCUCCCGCGAAAUACGAUUAUCGACGGCCAAAAGGAAAUUUAUCUACGACAAUGGAUUAUUACUGGCGGUUUUCAGCCAGUGUACCGUACAAAUUUUGGAAACGUGGAAUAUUUGACGAUUUAGUUAGAUGCACCGAUCGCUUUUCCUUUAAAUCGUCAAAUGGAAAUAAAAAUAAUCGUCCGAUGCGAAUACCCUGUAUCGAAAGACUAGACGACUACAAAUUACAAAAAAACGAUCAGAAACCUAUAUAUUCGUUCGUGUCCUCUCGCAAAACUAUCCAUAAGUCCGCGAAAUUCGUUCGACGAACACGCGCCACUGAAACAAAUCGUGUGUCUACGCCUGCUAAUUAAAGCCAUUGAAAAGGGCAUCGUUGCUAUAAAUAAUAUCCAGUCGAAAGCUCUAUAUAUAAAACGAUAGAACGAUUCGCUGCAAACAUUUGCCUACGAUUUGUUACGCUGCAACCCGUUCAUCGUAAAACAUCGUGGCUGUUUUGGAUUUCAAUCGUAACCGCCUGCAGCCUGCAACGAAACGUUGUUCGUGGAUUAAUACGAUUUUCCCUGUCGUGGCCGUCAACAUUGGUCGACAACGUGCACCAGUAACCAUAGUCGUACCUGCACCUGUAUCCGUACCUACCCGGUGCUCGUAUCCAUAUCCGUGCCAGCACCCAUACCAGCUUUCACAAUCGCCUCCGCAUCCGCCAACCUAUCACGAAGCGACGCGAUUACUUUUCAGUUUCAAUCGCGACCACCCGAGGCUUGUUUUCAUAUCGAUCGCUACCGAUGCAGCCUUCGAACGCGUCCAGCAAUAUCGUCGUUACACUUUGACGCUUAUGUUUGGCGUUACGACAUCACUAUGAAGCAAAAGAAAGAAGAGAAAACCACGUUGACACGAAAAAGGUAAAGGAAGAUCGAAAAGAUGCCAAUUGAUUUAUACGGCCUUGUGUAUAGUCCGCCAUGUCGGUCAGUUCUACUACUGGCAAAAGCGAUUGGAGUCCACUUGAACCUGAAAACGGUUUCCCCCAUGGACGGAGAACAUAUGAAGCCUGAUUUCCUAAAGCUAAAUCCUCAGCACGUGAUACCGACGAUAGACGAUAACGGAUUCAUUCUGUGCGAAAGUCGGCCAAUUAUGGGAUAUUUGGCGAGCAAGUACGCCAAAAAUGACUCUUUGUACCCAAAAGAUCCGAAAAAGAGAGGCAUGGUGGACCAAAUGCUAUACUUUGACGCCGGCUCGCUUCACGAGAACAUGAUUAAAUGCUACUAUCCAGUAGCGUUACAUGGAGCACACUCUCUGAACGAGGAAGACGUACAAGCCGUAGAAAAAUCAUGCGAAUUGUUGAACACGUAUCUGGAGAAUAGAGAGUUCGUUGCCGGUGAUACUCUUACCAUCGCUGAUUUUGCCAUCCAUACGACUAUUUGCAUUUUGUUGUGCUUCGACUUCGAUAUUGGUCGAUACGACAAUGUGGCUGCCUGGUACAAUCGUUGCAAGCAACUCCUGGAUAAAUUCGGUUUCGAGGAUGUGCACGCCCCUGGGACAAAAGUGUUUACCGAAUUGUAUCAGGCGAAUUUAGGAAAAUCUAGUUAACUCCGUGGUUGUAGAAUACAAUGAUAGAACCGUGAACUCGAUGCUCGUAUACCGAUGAUCGAGAUUAGACAUGAAACCUAUUCCAUCGUUUCGUAAAUCAUCGUUUCGUAAAUCAUCGUUUCGUUUAACGAGAACCUUGUCUCGUUAAGAAUAAUUUUCACCAAAAAAGGUAUUAAAAUCAUCGAUUAUUUAUUAUAGCUUAAAUUGAAAGACAAAUAUAAUUAAGUAACGAGUAUAUCGAUAAAAUACAA